CAACUGACUCUUCUGAACUGUCCCGGGUCGGUCGUUUUGAGCCCUUCGUUUCUCUAGCGCUCGGUCGCUUGUUCCUUUCAUUCAUUUCUCAACACUCCUUGAUCUUAGACUAGAUAUUUGCUCUUCACGGCUUUUCGUUCAACAUGAUGGUUUCAACUUCUCAGCUCUUCACCGCCGCCGUGGUGUUGUUGGGGAGCAGUCAGGCCCGCCCUCAGCUACCCAUACCCAAACAGUUCGCAUUUGCCAACACGUCAGCCAUAGCAACUGGAUCAGCCUCAAGCGUUCCUGAGGCUUCGACCACAGUCAUUAAGCCUGCCGAGACAUCAUCUCUCACUUCAUCUUCCAUUGCGAUCAACAGCACAACUUCUUCUGCUGUCGAUGCCGUAACAGAUGUUGCCUCUUCAUCAGCUGUUACCAGCAGCCUGGUAAAUACGACAGUAACCAGCGCGCUGGGUAGCUCGACCCUCCCGCCUUUCGCCAAUAUUUCAACAACCGCGGUUGGGGCUGGGGAAGAACUAACCACGGUUACAAUUUCCGCAACCUCUGUUCAGACCAUCAUCUCGUGCGCGCCCACCGUUACCAACUGCCCAACCAGCUCAGGGCAAACGGGAGCGAUAACCUCAAUUCCAACUUCCCUACCAGAGGGUGUGUCAACAGUUCACGUGACUACCGUCAUUGGAAUCACAACAACUGUAUGCCCUGUCACAGAAGUUCCCGCAAUCUCUUCGUCGGUUCUAGAGUCUUUUACCUCUUCAACAGCAGCAGCUGAAACUUCCGCCGCAAGCUCAGUCGAUGCUAUCGAGACUACUACAGCAGCACACACUGUUGUCACCAUAACUGUAGGAGAGGGGUCGGAAACAAGUGAAGUAGUAAGCACCAUUACCACCGCCACAGCCUCCGCGACCACGUCAGUCUCUCAUGUUCAGUCUAUCGUCACCGUCACCGUGGGAGAAGGCUCGGAGACGAGUGCAGUAAUAAGCACGAUCACCGUUCCUGACGUCGCAAGCUCAACCGCGGCGGUCUCCCACAUCACCUCUGUUGUCACUCUUACUGUCGGAGAAGGCUCAGAGACAAGUGCUGUUACAAAGACCGUCACCAUGCCCGUCCAUACCACUAAGGUCGAGCCUAUUAUCUCGACGGUGGUGUCUAUGGUCACUGUCACGAUGGGAGAAGGAUCAGAAACAAGUGCAGUGACGAGUGCAGUGACACACACGGUUACCCUUACCGAUGCUAUAACUCACACUGUUCCGACAGUUGUCACUAUCACCUAAGACCGUCGGGGGCGCCGUCACCGAGACCGUCACCAGUGUUGUCACAUCUACAGUCGUAUCCAUCUCCACAGUUCAGGGAUCGGGUGAAUGUGUCUGUACCGCGAUGCCUGCCAGUGAUUGCGCGCCUCCCCCGCCGCCGCCGCCGCCGAAGCACGCUGGCUUACCCGGCGGUCCUGCUGAGGGAGAUAAAUACAAGUACAGGCGCUCAGUUCUCUACUGAGCUCUGUGAUAGUGUAGACCGGUCUCAACUAUAUUCUUUUCUUGUACAGUCUUUACCGGCGUGAUUUAUUCUCAUUUUCAUCGUUCGACCUCCUAGAAGGGAGCGAAGACGAGUUUUUUGAAAACUAGCUCUUGGCAUGGGGUUUGAUAUCCUGUCUUUCUUCCAAAUCCCAAGAUUCUUGGGGUUUGUACCCUGGGCAUGAGGAUACGGUCCUUAGAGAAAGGUAACAUGUGAAGACGAGAAAUGAUAUCAAGACAGACGUCAGGCAACGUCUAGGUGAAUGAAGACGAGUCAAUAGAAGAAUAUGUAUGAUAGAUGAUGAAUGGAAUUGGUUCACUACCAAGCAUGUCUUGCUCGCGAAUGUGUCUUUGCUAGGUGAUAUGCUCACUAACAAUAGUGGAAGUGCGAACUCCCAACUGCAUUAAGUGCGGCCCUUUUUUUAGCACA